UCUUUGUUAUCACUUCACUCCAUUAUUUUCAGAUUCACACUUUCUCAGCGCAGUGGUCACUCUGUGUCUGAAUGAAAAUGAAAUUGUCUGUUGUCCCUCCUCAAAUCCUUUUCAGACUCCCCAACACAAACCAUCCAACAACAUUGUAAUAGCCGUUACACUUUUGUCUUUUGUGUCAAUAUUUUCAAACCCAAGUCCAUGCAAAUUCCAACACUCUCUUCUCCUCACUGUCCUUCCUUCUAAAUUCAACCUCUUCCCAUUCGCAACCCAAAUCCAAAUGGGUUGCUGUUUCAGCACACCCAAGACCCAAAACCAAAACCAAAUUCCAAACCAAAAACACCAAAAUGCUCUGAAAAUCCAGCAACCCCAUGAACCACCCCCAUAUUUAGAAGAAGAAUCUGUGAAAGAGGUGCUAUCUGAGACCCCCAUUCCCAAGUCCCUCCAAGUUCCAAUUUUGAUGCCAGAAACGAAGACCCAAAUGCCUUCACUUCAAAACCCACCAGUGAAAUUCGAAACAAAGGUUCCCAUUCCCAUAGAGGACCAAGUCUCCGAGGUAGUGUCUCAGCUUUCAGAAACAUGCAGCAUCAGCGAGAGCUUCUCAACCGCCACUACCACCACCGCCACAACCACCACCGCUACGGAGAAGAGAGAAGAAGACGAAGCAACCAGCAAACGUAGCAGAAGAGAGGGAGCAACGAAUCAUAAGUGGGAUCGGUCUCCGUCUAGAAAGAGGCCUUACGUUGCCGAUGGAAAUUUCGCCACCGGGAGAGAACGGAGGGUCAAAUCACCGGCGAGGAGGCCGGAUCCCUCGCCGGAGAAGAAAAUCAAGGGCGGUUCAAGGGUAGUUCGAGGUAGGGGAUCUGGUCCCGUCGCGAAUCGGAAGCUCAAUGCGGGUUCCGCCGCGGUCCGGCGAGACCCCGGCGAGGGUUCCGGCCGGAGAUCGAGGUCUCCGUCAUGUGCCAGAGCGGUUGGCGGGACGAGCAAGGUGGGUGCCGGCGGUGGUCGGAAACAGGUUCUGCCGGAGAAUGGGGUGGUGGAGAAGGAGAAGGAGAAAGAGAAGGAGAAAAGUGAGAGCGAAGAGGUUGUGGAGAAAAACGACGUCGUUUCGCCGGAGGAGUGCCUCGAGAACCCACAUGUCUCCAUGGAGUGCUUUAUUUUUCUGUAG